AAACGAAACUUAAUUUUCCCAGGGCUGAAUCAUCGACCGUAUAGGCAUAAUCGAGCUACGAAGAGCACGGGCCAGUACAGUUGCGAGGAAAACGGCAACAUUUAGCUAGUAUCCUGAAUGUUGCUCUUUGAAAUGACAUUCCGACGGUAGAUAUAUGCAUUAUGGACGUAGCUAAGCUAAACGAGUAUGCUCAGAAGGAGCGGUUGUCGCUGAGAUAUGAGGACGUUGGAUCUGUUGGCCCGGAUCACAUUAAAACGUUUACAGUCAGAGCAGUCGUGAAUGGUAAGACGUAUCCUGAUGGUGUGGGAAAUAACAAGAAGGAAGCCAAACAGAAUGCAGCUAAAAAUGCCCUGAAGUGGCUGUUGGAGAAACCUACUGAAAAGGUAGCUGAAGCUUCUACUGCACCAGUUCUUCAAAAAAGUUUCACUCACCCCAAAUAUAUAUGUUGGCUAAAUGAAUAUGGUCAGAAGCAACGGCUUAGUAUAAGGGCAUUGGAGUCAAUCAAACCUGGAACAAAUAAUGCUACUCCAUGCUGUUGCUUCAUUGUUGGUGAUAAAGAGUAUCCAACUGCCACUGGGAAAACAAAAAAAGAAGCUAAAGAAGAAGCAGCCAAGCUUGCAUACCAGGAGAUAAGUGGCAGUAAAACUACGGAGGUAUCUUUGUGCUCAGCUGCAUCUGAUGACGGGGCGCCUGCCAGGGUGUCCACUCCACCAAACCCACCGGAGUUCCAUAAUCCCAAGCCUAAAAGUGUGCCAAAGACUUCAACUGACUCAGCUGUUUUAGCAAAUUCAUCCAAUCCUCCUAAGGACCAGAUUAAAAGUCCAGAUGUGAAGCCAAAAAUAAGAAUUGCAGCAAAUUUCCCCAAUUCCCUCAGAAACAGCAAAGAUGAUGUGAUCAAUUUCAAUGGCAAGAAAACAGGAAGUAGUCAAAGUAAGAAAACAACGAAGCAGUCAGUAAAUUCAAGAUUCACAUCUGAAUUUGACUCCAUAGUGUGCCUCGGCAGUGGAAACUUUGGUGACGUUUAUAAGGCACAACAAAAACUGCUAAACAAGGAUUAUGCUAUAAAGAUUGUCCGCUGCAAGGAGAUCAAAAAAGCUCUACGAGAGGUGACUGCAUUGUCAGACCUCCAUCACAGUAACAUUGUGCGAUACUACACCUGUUGGUUGGAGGAUUCAGGAUACCAAUGGGACAGCAAAGAUGACAGUGGCAUGUCCUCACAGUCAACUGAAAAUUCCUUAGUUAAGUACUUUUAUAUUCAGAUGGAGUUGUGUGACACUACACUCAGAGUGUGGAUAGACCAGAAAAAUGUUCAGAAUGUGAAGAAAUCUCUGCGAGACUCCAAGAGAAGAGAAGAGGGUCUAACUAUCGCUCAGCAAAUAGUCAGAGGAGUCGAGUACAUUCACUCAAAGAUGCUCAUCCACAGGGACCUGAAGCCUGCAAACAUCAUGUUUGGGAAAGAUAAAGAAGUGAAGAUCGGAGACUUUGGUCUGGUCACAGAUGAGAACGAUGACGAUGCUGAGAACCUGAGGGAGAGAACGGUGUACAAAGGAACCCCAGGAUACAUGGCUCCUGAGCAGAGAAGCAGGAGCAAGAGUUAUGAUCGAAAAGUGGACAUAUUUGCUUUGGGGUUGAUCCUUUUUGAACUCUUUUGGAAGAUCUUACUUGAUGAAAGGAAAACGAUUUGGGAUGAUGCCAGAAACCAGACAUUACCUCAAGGUUUUCAACAACAUUUUCCACUGGAGAACAAAAUCAUCAAUUCAAUGCUCUGUGAGAAGCCCCAAGACCGACCUGAAGCAAGUCAACUCAAGACAGACUUUGAAGAGUGCACUCGUAGAUUUACACAUCUUAAAGAGAUGUGCCUCGACAGUAAGACUAUGGAAAGUGGGAAUUAUGUUCCGAGACUCAACGAGUAUGCACAUAAAAAAAAAAUUCCACUGAACUAUAAGGAGUAUGCACCUCAAGGCCCAGACCACUGUAAAACAUUCACCCAGAGCGUAGUCCUGAAUGGUAAGGUCUAUCCUGAGGGUGUGGGGAAUACGAAAAAGGAAGCCAAGAAUAAUGCUGCUAAAAAUGCCCUGAGAGACUUGGAGGAGGCAGAACGUCAGCCUUCAUUUGCAACAACUGCAGUUGAGAAUUACAACCCUACAUCAGCUCAACAAGAGAAGGAACUCAAUCAAAAUGAUUCUGAUAUCUGUAAUCAGACAAGAAGCCUGAGUGUCAACUCUCAGGACAACAGCUCUGAACAGAAUAAUUUCAUUGGAUUAGUUAACCACUACUGUCAGAAAAAAACCCACUGCAAUACAUUCACUGAAGUGAAUAGAGAGGGUCCAGCUCAUAUGCCUCAAUUUUUCUACAAAUUAAUAAUUGACAACAAGGAGUACCCUGUGGCUGAGGGUAGGACUGUAAAAGAAGCCAAACAAAAUGCAGCUCGACUUGCCUGGUCUGCUCUUCAAGAACAGACAGAUUGGGACAGCAAGGUGUCUGUCAGAUCAACACUGUCGGAGGAUGGUGCACUGCCAUCACCAUCACCAUCACCAUCAUCAACUCCACUGGAGUCCCAUGAGGCAUCGUCACAAAGCACGUCACUGAGUACAAGCUGCUCAAUAAUAUUCACAGAUACAUCAAACCCUUCCAAAGCUCAGAUGCCCUUGGGGUCUGAAAAUGGUACACCAUCCAGGUAUUCAAUUUCAUUGGAAUCUCUUGAAUCAGCACAAAGCAUUUCCACGGGUACAAGUGGCUUUGGAAUAUUCACCGAUUCAUCAAACUCUUCCAAGGAUCAGCAGGCUGUCAAAGACAAGAACAUGACUAAUAUUGAAAAUGAGAUGCAGUCAAGGUUUACUUCAGACUUUGAUCCCAUUGAGUAUCUUGGCAGAGGAGCCUUUGGUGCGGUUUACAAAGCAAGACGUAAACUAGAGGAGAAGUAUUAUGCUGUAAAGAUUGUACGCAGUGACAAGAAGGCUUUUCGAGAGGUGGGGACAUUGUCAGACCUUCUCCACUGUAACAUCGUCAGAUACUUCAAUUGUUGGAGUCAGGAUACAAACUACCAAGGCGACAAUUCAGCGGGAAGCUCAGCUGGCAGUUUCAGCUCUAGCCAGUCUACAGAUGAUCCAUCUGUAGAAUUCCUCUAUAUUCAGAUGGAGUUAUGCCAAACCAAAACACUUAAGGAAUGGAUUGAUGAGAAGAACAGUCAGUCCCAGCAAGACACAAAGAGAAGACAAGAAAGUCUAGCCAUUGCUCAGCAAAUAGUCAAUGGAGUCGAAUAUAUUCACUGCAAGGGGCACAUCCACAGAGACCUAAAGCCUGCGAACAUCUUGUUUGGACUGGAUGAUAAAGAAGUGAAGAUUGGUGACUUUGGUCUGGUCACCAAAGAUGAUGACGCUUUGAUGGACAGAACAGAGAACAGAGGAACCAGAACUUACAUGGCCCCUGAACAAAGCGGGAAAAACUAUGAUCGAAUGGUGGACAUAUUUGCUCUCGGGUUGAUAUACUUGGAACUCCUGUGGAAAGUCUCUUCUGGCCAUGAAAGAGCAAAUGUUUUAAAAGGCGCAAGAAAACAGAGACUCCCGACCGGCUUUUCACAGACUUUCCAAGAAGAGAACCCAAUCAUCAAGAAAAUGCUGCAUGAGAAGCCAGAAGAGCGGCCUGAAGCAAGUCAACUGCAGGCACAGCUGGACAAGUGUGCUCAGACACAAAAUGUGCCUCAGGAAAGGGCAACUGUGUGAUUAUGACAUGGAAUUGUGACAAGUCUUAUGAGGGUGAUGAGAUCUGUCUGUUAUCUGAUAGAAAUAUUUGAUUUAUGAUGUUAUUAAUUAAUAUUUAUUGACGAAUGGUUAAAGUACUGCACUUUUCAACUGAGCAGUGGCCUGUCUGCACUUACAGGAGUUAAAAUCAAUAAUCAUUCAAAUAAAAAAGGAUGGGUUUAAUACUCAAAGAUUGGAAUGUGAAAUCAAAUGUUAUCAUGAUUUUAAAAAGUAACUCACAUAUUUCACAUUGUCCAGCUGUUUUAAAUAUGCAUGUGCUGGUAGUUUCUGUGUCAGCGGCGCAUAUUUCAUUCAAUGCUCGGGAUGGUCAAAUGUAUUUAUUACAUCUUUGGUUUUAUGCUUAAUGUGUUAAGUCAAAAAAUAAAAUAAUGGUAAAAAAUAUGGGUGACAAAUGUCAUGCUAAUGCAUAAAAGCACACACACUCACACACAUUUCUGGUAGAUGGUAUGGUAGGUGUCUGUCUAUUUAAUCAUGGCCUGUUGUAUAAUUAUCAAAGCUCACUUUUGAAGUUGAAAAGACAGAAUUAAACAUUGCAGCCAAACAUAAUGGA